UGGGCAUAAUCCCAUGGCAUAAUUCCUAUCUCGGUCACGGGCUCACGGCUUCUGCCUUCUUCCUGCCGCAAGCGUCGCCCAUUCGAUGGAAGGAGCUCUCGGUCUCGGCUUCUGCCUUCCGCACGCGGCCUUCCCAUCGCAACGAUCUGCCACCGGAGGGGGGUCGUUGUUGCUCCGCCGCCGGCCACCUCUGGCGGCCGCCAGAGCUCGCCGGGGUGGCAGAUCCGCUCCUGACGCCGGCAGCACAUCUUUCACUUGCCACGGGUUCUUUCUUGACAAUGGGAGGAUGAAGAGCCAUCAGAGGGCAAUUUUGAAGAAGGGCGUGGUUUGCUCUUUGGAGGUUAAUGGUGGCGGGGAGUCUACGUUAUGUGUAUCUGUUCCAUCUGAAACUUCAAGUUUCACUGGUGACGUUCCAACGGGUUUGAGUCAAAAUGUGGUAAAAGGUAUAACUGGUAAUCGAAGAAGUUCUGCAGGAAGGAAGAAUGGGGGGAAAUUAUGGAGGAGAUUGCCGGGUGGCAAGAAGUUGGUGAGGUGUCGAGCUCCGAAGCAUGGCACUGGAAAAGACAGGCAUGGUCACAAAUCUGUAGUGAACAAUGAUGAUGUCAAUGCAAUUUUUUCUUGUAUUACCCAGGAGUCUAGCAUUGAGGAGUGCAAUUCUGUCCUGAUCCAUCUCGAGAAGCACAGUGAUGAGAAGGCUCUCAAUUUCUUUGAUUGGAUGAAGGCUAAUGGGAAGCUAAAGGGGAAUGCUGAUGCAUAUCACCUAGCUCUUCAAGCCAUUGCCUGGAAGGAGGACUGGAAGACAGCUGAACUGUUGCUCCAUGAGAUGGUUGCCGAUUCGGAUUGUACAUUGGAUGCUCGAGCAUUUAAUGGGCUGAUAUAUGUUUGUGCGAAAAGGAGGCUUGGUGAUUGGGGAACAAAGUGGUUUCACAUGAUGCUUGAGAGAGAAGUGCAGCCGAAUGUGUCUACUGUUGGUAUGCUUAUGGGCCUUUACCAGAAGACCGGGAACCUAUCAGAGGCUGAAUUCACUUUCGCAAAAAUGCGGAAUUUCAAGAUUAAGUGUGUUAAUGCUUACUCAGCUAUGAUUACUUUGUAUACACGUUUAGGCCUGUUUGCCAAGUCCGAGGAUGUUAUAAAUCUGAUGAAACAUGAUGGAGUAUUUCCAAACAUGGAAAAUUGGUUGGUGCGGUUGAAUGUGUACAGUCAACAGGGUAAGAUGGAGGAGGCCGAAUUGGUAUUACAUUCCAUGGUGGAUGAAGGAUUCACCCUGAAUGUUGUGGCAUACAAUACUUUAAUUACAGGAUAUGGAAAAAUUUCUGACAUGCAGAAGGCAAAGAAAGUGUUUGGCAGCCUUGGGAGUGCAGGUUUAGCUCCUGAUGAAACCACCUACAGAUCAAUGAUAGAAGGUUUCGGUAGAGCAGACAAAUACGAAGAGGCAAUUUCGUACUACAGGAAGCUGAAGAGUUCUGGCUUUCGACCAAAUGCGUCCAACUUUUACACUAUGAUCAACUUACUAGCAAGACAUGAUGACAAUGAAGGUGCAGCUGAAAUUCUGGAGGACAUGAGGGCAGCAAGCUGCCAGUGUUCAUCAAUUGUUACUGUUCUUGUUCGGGCAUAUUUAACAGUAGGAAGAGUACAUAAGGUUCUUCCAAUUCUAAAAGCUUGUUUCUACAAGAAGAUUUUGUUUGAUGCCACCUCUUGCUCUAUUUUAGUAACAACAUUUGUUAAAAAUUCUUUACUAGAAGAAGCUUUGGGCAUUAUGCAUGAAAAGAAGUGGAAAGAUUCUGAUUUCGAGGACAAUUUAUAUCAUAUCUUGAUAUGUUCUUGCAAAGAGGCUGGCAGUUACAAUGAUGCUGUUAGGAUAUUCAAUCAAAUGCCUAAGUCUGAAACACAUCCAAAUCUCCGUAUUUCUUGCAGUAUGAUUGAUGUUUUCAGCAUGAUGGAGAGAUUUGCUGAUGCUGAAGCUGUAUACCUUGAACUGAAAGCUUCGUCUUGUGUACUGGAUAUGAUCGCUUACAGUGUAAUUGUGAGGAUGUACAUUAAAGCUGGGAGACUAGAUGAUGCUUGUUCAAUUUUGGAAGAAAUGGAGAAACAAAAAGAAAUAGUUCCUGAUAAGUUCCUUUUCCUUGACAUGCUUCGGACUUACCAAAAAUGUGGCCUGCUCGAGAAGUUAACUGAUACAUAUUACUGGAUACUUAAGAGUCAAGUUGAAUGUGACGAAGCCAUGUAUAACUGCAUUAUUAACUGCUGUGGGCGGGCCAUACCUGUUGAUGAGCUGUCAAGAAUUUUUGACGAAAUGGUUGAACAUGGACACUUGGCCAACACUGUUACCCUCAAUGUAUUGCUAGAUAUAUAUGGAAAAGCUGGACUAUUUAAUAGGGCUCAAAAGGUAUUUCUCAUGGCUCGCAAGCAGGGACUGACGGAUAUCAUAUCAUACAAUACCAUUAUUGCAGCAUACGCGCAAAGUGGCAAUUUUCGUAGCAUGACUUAUUUCGUCCAAAGGAUGCAGGAUGCAGGGUUUCCUGUUUCUCUGGAGGCAUACAACUGCAUGCUGAAUGCUUACGGAAAAGCAGGGCAAUUGGAGGAGUUUGCUGCUGUUUUGCAGAAAAUGAAGAGAGCAAAAUGUAACUUUGAUCACUACACUUACAAUAUAAUGAUCAAUAUAUAUGGGAGAAGGGGAUGGAUCGAAGAUGUUGCAAAUGUUCUUCUUGAACUAAAGAGCCGAGGUGUUGAACCAGAUUUGUACAGUUACAAUACCUUGAUAAAGGCAUAUGGGAUAGCGAGAAUGCCUGAAGAUGCUGUCAAACUGAUGCAAGAGAUGAGGAUUAAAGGUAUCAGCCCUGAUCGAGUGACAUACACUAACCUCAUUGCUGCUCUACAAAGGAAUGAAAAUUUCCUCGAAGCUGUUAAAUGGUCUCUCUGGAUGAAGCAAACAGGAGUUGUAGGAUGUGGAACUCGAGCAUAAUGUACCUGAAGCAUUCGAGUUUUGUUUGAAAAUAAUCCAACUCUUAUUAUUGUCUGCAAGUUCCAAUUGAGUACAUACUUGCUACUGUACAAAAGAGUGUAGCUGAUUGUUCUACACAUGCUACAGAUGUUCACAAACUUAACAUAUUGUUCUCAUACAGGAUGAAAUUCAGUCAAUGUAAAUCAAGAUAGGAAGUUUUAUCAUACCUAUCAUAUAAUUGUAAAUUUACUGUGACAGUGGCUUAAACAUCUGUGAGAGAUCAAAGUCAAAUAAGAAAUACAGUUUCACUUGUUCUUUCA